CCAAGAGCCGCUCCGAAAGGCGCCGGGGCGGGGACAGCGCCGGGACCGGCACCGGCAGCAGCUCCGCCCCCCGCCGUGGCCCCGCCUCUGACAGGUUGCCCCGCCCCACCGAGGGAGGGCCCCGCCUCCCCAGUGUGGCUCAGCUCGCCGCUGACCCGCCCAGGAGCGGGCGUGUGUGGUGCCGGCGGCCAUCUUUGUGGCGGGCAGGCGCCGGGUGCCGGUUAACCCCUGCGCUGCCGGCGGGCGCGGGCGGAGCCGCCGCGGGUGGGGGCCGAGCCCCCGGGCAGGGCAGGGCCCGCGGGGCGGGGCGGGGCUCGGCGAGGAGCAUCGCGCCCGGUGUUGGUGUCGGUGCCGGUGCCGGUGCUGGGGCGGGGGGUGUGUUGGCUACGUGGCUCAGGGCGGGGCGGGCGGCACCGAGACGUGACACCGAGGCCGGGUGAGUGGACACCGGGGACACCGGGAUGGGGGGCUGUUUGGGCGGGAGGUGCGCAUCGAGUGUCCAGUGCCCGCACCGCGUCCCGCACCGCGCGCUCCCCGUGCAGCCGCCGUCCCGCCGGUGCCAGCGUGUCCCCGCCGCGCUGGACGCUCCCCGGAGCUCCCGCCCACACGGGGGCCGGCGGGGAACCCGCCGCAAGUGCGAAGGCGGGUGCAGCGGGGUGCGGGCAGGGCUGGCAGGGGGCAGGCAGGGACUCCGGGACAGCUGGGUGGAGCCGUGACCGAGUGUGGGAGCGCCUCGUGAAGAGCCCCCGGCCCCCUGCCCCGUCCAAGUGCCGGACUCCUUGCGCCCCCGCCACCCUGCUGCUCUCGCUCGGCUGCAGCCCGAGGUCGCGGGAUGAGGAACCUGCUGGUGGCCCUGAUGCUGCUGCUGGUGCCGGCGGUGCAGGCGGCCCCCAGGGCUGGGGGGCACAGGGGCACAGAUGACCCCUCCUCUCCUGGCCAGGCCUGAGGCUCCCACCGCCCCGCGGCUGGAUCCUGGUCCUGACCCGCUGAGCCCGGAGCCGCCUGCACUGCCGCUGCUGCGGAGCGCGGUGCGGAGCCUGGGGCCACCGGAGCAGGAUGCAGAGGCCAUGACACGGGAGCAGGCCCUGCUCUACCUCUUCGUGCUGCACGACCACGACCGGAGCGGGCACCUGGAUGGGCUGGAGCUGCUGCAGCUGCUGGGAGCGGUGCUGGCACAGGACGGGGGGCGGCCGGACCCUGAUGUGGUGGCCGCGCUGGUGGACCGAGCCCUGGAGAGGCAGGACCUGAGCAGGGACGGGCUGCUCGACCCCCCCGAGCUGCUGCUCUCCCCGGGUCAGGGACAGGGACCCCCGGGGCAGCUCCCUGGGGACCUGCUGGCCGGGGCUGGGGCUGCACCUGGGGGGGAUGCAGAGGCACAUGGUGGGGACAUGGGGGUGGAGGGCCCAGGGCAUGGCCCGGCAGAGGGGCAGGCAGCCCUCCCGGCUGGAGCCCGCGAUGCUGCAGCCCUGGAGGCAGAAGGUGUCCCUGAGCUGGAAGCCCCUGAUGCUGAAGCCGUCGAGGCAGAGGAAGCCCCCGAGGCUGGAGCCCCCGAUGCCGGAGCCGGGGAGGUGGCUGAUGUGUCUGAGCUGGCAGCCCCCAAAGCUGCAGCCACCGAGGCAGAGGAAGCCCCCGGAAGCCCCGCGGGGGAGGCAGCCCCCGUUUGGGAGGACCCCGGGGAGGGGUAGGCGGUGGGAGCUGUGGGCAGGGCUGUGCCAGCCUCAGGGCACACAGCAGGGGGGUCCCUGUGCCCCCCCGUCCUGCGGCAGGGCUGGGGAGGAUGGUGAGGUCGGCACUGCGCGGUUACCCCUGUGACGUGGUGGGACGGAGAAAUACAUUGCUGCCCUCA